CAGAGACUGCAGACAUACUACAGGAGAUGACCAGAGACUACAGACAUAGUAUAGGAAAUGACCAGAGACUGCAGAUGUAGUACAGGAAAUGACCAGAGACUGCGGACAUAGUACAGGAGAUGACCAGAGACUGCAGACAUAGUACAAGAGAUGACCAGAGACUGCGGACAUAGUACAGGAGAUGACUAGAGACUGCAGACUUUUGAGGAGCGGGUACCGGAAUUUGACAGGUACCCACUCCCAUUUCCGCUGUGAUCGCCUAGGCGAACGGAAUCUUCUGGGACACGUGACAGGUCCCAGAAGACUA